CGUCUAGCCAAUGAGCCCGGCCAGGGAAGGGGGAAACCACCCCCGCCGGCGAAAGCUCCCCCCCGCCUCCCCCGAGCGGACUCCCCGCGGCGCCAAUCAACGCGAACCGGGUCCCGAUGGCACCGAGCGGGCACCUGGGGGGGCGGGCGAGGGGGCGCGUUCCUCAGGCACCGGGCCCGGAUUUCGGGCGUCCCGAGGGGCGAUCCCCUCCACCCCGCCCCGCAGCCCGGUCCGGCUCUGGGUAACAGAGGGGACGGACGGGGUUGUGCGGGCCCGCGGACGCGGUACCCCUCGGGCACCUACUGCCGCUGAAUGAGAGGUAGCGGCGGCGGAGCCCCGGACAGGACGGACGCGCCGCUGGGAGCGGCUCCUGGCGCUCCGGAGGGAGGGAGGCGAUGCGAGGCGGCCGCUCGCCCUCCUUCGGCAGCUCCAAACCCCGCAGAACCGUCCCCGCCGGCCAGGGGAGCGCCCGACGUGGGAGCAGGGCGGCAGCAGGUGUCCUCCUCCCUCCGCGUGGUGACAGCCAGCGCAGAGAGCUGCUAAGGAACAGCAGUUGGACUUUCCGUCGGGAGGGAUACAGCGCAGCUCCGGACGGAGCGCUGCGGUCCCAACGCUGCGACGAACGCGGAGCGUCCGCGGAGGCACCGAGCGGUCCGCAGCCGCCCUGGACGGGACGUCCGCACCGAGGCUAUUUCUGCUCCAGGAUCCCUCUGCGGAGCACGGCAGUUCCUCGGAGAGAGGGAGAAAAAGAAACGCAAUUCGCUUUUUCGCGAUUAAAAAACUUUUCCCACUCUUUUUUUUUUUUUUUUUUUUUCCCCAGAUCUCUCGCUGAGCCGAGAACUGCUGCUGAUGGCAAAGAAACUCCUCAAUUUAAAGGAGCAGUAGGUCCGAGAGCACAGAAUGCCCAGCUCACCCUGCUCCUUCGGUUCCCACUGGCAUGGUUUGCUGGAGCAGGACUUGCCCAGUUUCUGCUCUCAGAAAUGGGAGUUUGCCCAUAA